CUCUCUCUCUCACUGUGUCUCUCUCCCCUCCUCAGCGCACAGGCGCCCUGCACUCCGCUCUGCUGACACACCGCGAGGACAGUCCGCACUCCGUCGUCCGCGUCAUUACACUCUAUAUGGAUGCAAAGCCCGGUCACACGCACACAUACAUGGGGAUACUUUAGUGCAAACUGCAGCCUGCGACCUUACGAACUGAGAACUAAAGGACACUGAAGAGCCAGAGAACCAGCGCUGGCCCUCGUUUGACUCCGUGUGACCAGCGAAUGAGCCUUGUUCAUGCGUCUCCCUGCAUGCCACUCCCACAUCACUAUGAACUGUGAGCAGGACUUUGGGGACGGGGGCUUGGGAGUGACCCUCACGUUACGACUGCUCAUGCAUGGAAAGGAGGUCGGCAGCAUCAUAGGAAAGAAAGGAGAGACCGUGAAACGAAUACGAGAAGAGAGCACUGCUCGAGUCAACAUCUCAGAGGGAUCCUGUCCAGAGAGGAUCAUCACCAUCACCGGCUCCACAGACAGCGUCUUCAGAGCUUUCACCAUGAUCACAUACAAACUUGAGGAGGACCUGACUGCACUGGUGGCCAACGGCACCAUAAGCUCCAAGCCACCGGUGACCCUGCGGCUGGUCAUACCUGCCAGCCAGUGUGGCUCCCUCAUCGGAAAGGGAGGAGCAAAGAUAAAGGAGAUCAGAGAGAGCACUGGAGCUCAGAUACAGGUGGCAGGGGAUUUGCUGCCCAACUCCACUGAGCGAGGGGUGACGAUAUCUGGUAAUCAGGACUCUGUAAUCCAGUGUGUCAAGCUCAUCUGCACAGUAAUCCUGGAGUCUCCUCCAAAGGGAGCCACCAUCCCAUAUCGACCGAGUCCCUCACCAGCUGCCCUCCUCAUUGCAGGAAAUCAGGUGUUUGAGGCGUCAGAGUUUGCGCCCCACCCUCUGUACUCUGUUACCCAGGGCGGCCUGGACCUCCAGCAGGCCUAUACUUUGCAAAACCAAUAUGGCAUUCCACACUCAGAGCUGGCCAAGCUACAUCAGCUGUCAAUGCAGCAAGGUCUGAGUCCCAUUGCCCAGCCUGCUUCGACUAUCAUACCUGGGAUGGACUCGAACUCCCAGACAUCUCAGGAGCUGCUCAUCCCCAAUGAUCUGAUCGGCUCCAUCAUCGGUCGUCAGGGCACCAAGAUCAACGAGAUCCGGCAGGUGUCGGGGGCUCAGAUCAAGAUUGGCAGCCAGCUGGACGGGACAAGUGACCGCCAUGUCACUAUCACAGGAACACCGGUCAACAUCAACCUGGCCCAGUACCUCAUUACCUCCUGUUUAGAGACAGCCAAAUCCACGGCCCAGGCCGCCACCAUGGCAACUCCUGUCGACCUCAACAUGGCCUUCACCCAGCCCACUUCCCCAGCUGCCUCCCCCACUCCCACCCUGGCUGCUAUGGGUGCACUGACCCCUCAUAUGUUGGCGAGCACCCCGUACGGUGCCAUGCCCCUCUCCGGCCUGCUGGGGGUGAAGUCCGUCCCCUUCCUGACUCUGUCCAGCCCCGCCCCAACCGUGGCUGCCACUGCAGCCCCCUCCCACUCCACUCUGGCUGCCUACACCGCCAAAAUCUCCUCAGCCAACUGCAUCAAAAAGCCAGAGAGACAGAAGUUCGCUCCUUACUGAUGUGGCCUCUGUGUCUGAGAGACGGAGGAGGGACGAGCGUGCAGUGUUACUUCCACAAACGCCUGAUGUAGCCAUAUACCCGCCGGCAGAGAUGCUCUUGACUUUUAACCUGUGAUGCACCAACAGAGACGAGACCAAUGGAGAUGUGGAUAAAGGUAUUUCAAGUUAUUUACGGUUAUAGAUAAGUUGUGAGUUUCCCAUGAAUUGAUGGACUGCUUUCAUUUGUCACCUCAUCACUGAUAUCGAUCCUUACACUGAACACAAAAAUGGACGUAGUGUUUUUUUCCAGUUGUAAAACAAACUCCCAUUGAGAAGCCUCGACUGACGCGGUGACAGACGUCACCUGUAACCACGCUCCCAUUGGACGAUGCUAGCUGUCAAUCACACUCAUAUGUGUCAUGCUUGAUUGUUUAUUGUCCUCUAAAUGGAAACGCCAUUAUCAAAACUGACAAGAAGAGCUGAAACUAGUGAUCGAGACCAUUAACUCCUCAGGAAAAUAUUUGCUGAUGUUAUAAAUCAAGUAAGUCGUCGAAGCUCAUUUUCCCAUAGACUGCCUUUUGCAACCAGUUGAAUCGCCCCCUGGUGGCUAACUGCUACUUCACUACGUCCAUUUUUGAAGACAGCAUAUGAAUUGAUCGCUAAAAAAAAACAAAAAAAGAAAAAGAAAAAAAAAACAUUGGUACCUCACUGAGAAACAUGUUUAAAUAACAGUUUUUAUACGUGUUUCUCCAGUGAGAGGUCAGCUAUGAGUAUUUAUCCUCCAAUAAAUUUGUAAAUUAUACUCAGAUGCUCUACUGUACAAUGCUUUUAUACAAUGUCUAUGUUUGCCUCAUAAAGUUUUUAAGAAAAUUUGUAAAUGUUUUUGGGGGGGGAUUUUUUUUUAAUAAUCUGUGCUACAGUACUGUACGUUACUGUUUGGUGUUAUGUUCAUUUUGUUGGAUUUUGUUUUGAAUGAGCAACUGGAUUAAUCUUUAUUUAUUAGU